AUGGCUCGGACUCAGAAGAACAAGGCAACGUCGUUCCACUUGGGGCAACUGAAGGCCAAGCUUGCGAAGCUAAAAAGGGAGCUACUCACCCCAACAUCUGGUGGUGGCGGCGGUGGUGUGGGCUUCGAUGUUGCCAGAACCGGCGUUGCCAGCGUCGGCUUCAUAGGGUUUCCAUCUGUCGGCAAGAGUACCCUCAUGAGUAGGGUGACUGGUCAACACUCGGAAGCGGCGGCAUAUGAAUUUACAACGCUUACGACAGUGCCUGGACAAGUUCUAUACAACGGCGCGAAGAUUCAGAUGCUUGAUCUGCCGGGUAUCAUCCAGGGAGCCAAGGACGGCAAGGGUCGUGGCCGGCAGGUCAUUGCCGUUGCGAAGACUUGCAAUCUGAUAUUCAUCGUCCUCGACGUCAACAAGCCGCUCACGGACAAGCGAGUUAUAGAAACAGAACUCGAAGGGUUUGGUAUACGCAUAAACAAAAGCCCGCCUAACAUCAACUUCAAGAAGAAGGACAAAGGAGGCAUCAGCAUUACUAGCACGGUACCUCUAACGCAUAUUGACCAUGACGAAAUCAAAGCCGUCAUGUCCGAGUACCGCAUUUCUUCCGCAGAUAUCGCUAUCCGCUGCGAUGCCACCAUUGACGACCUGAUAGACGUUCUGGAGGCGAAGAGCCGAAGCUAUAUUCCAGUGAUUUACGCCUUGAAUAAGAUUGAUGCUAUAUCAAUUGAAGAACUGGAUCUGCUCUACAGGAUACCGAACGCAUGUCCAAUCAGCGCGGAGCAUGGCUGGAACGUUGACGAACUGUUGGAGCAGAUGUGGGAGAAGCUGAACUUGAGGAGAGUGUACACCAAGCCGAAAGGAAAGAUGCCGGACUACUCUGCUCCUGUCGUGUUGCGGUCGACGGCCUGCACAGUGGAAGAUUUCUGCAACGCAAUUCACAAAACCAUCGUCGAGCAGUUCAGGCAAGCCAUUGUUUAUGGCAAAUCGGUCAAGCACCAACCGCAGAGAGUCGGCUUAUCUCACGAGUUGGCGGAUGAAGAUAUCAGUAAGCUCACCAAGCCGGCCAGAAAGCGUGGGGUAUACUAA